ACGGUCACACUGCAUGCAAAGUAAACCCAAAGUGAUCUCGAAAUUAACAAAAGUCGAGAAUUUAGAGCAAAUGGACCAAAUAUGAGCGAUCCCAUGAAGUGGUACCACGGCAGCCUGUCGCGAGAGGCAGCCGACGAUCUACUCAAGCAAGGUUAUGAGGACGGAACGUUCCUGGUCCGAGAGAGCAGCACGGCAGCUGGAGACUUUGUGCUGAGCCUACUGUGUCAGGAGGAGGUGUGCCACUACCAGGUGAGGCGACAUGGCGGCGAGGACGCCUUCUUCUCCAUCGACGACAAGGUGCAGACAAAGAUACUGCACGGCCUGGACACGCUGGUCGACUACUACCAGCAGGCGGCCAAUGGGCUGCCCACCAAGUUGACGGUACCUUUGAUCCGCGAUCCGCCACCUCACAACACCCGCAGCCAUGGAGUGACCAAUCUGCUGCACCGCGCCACCGCCAAGAACGAGAGCAAGGUGGUCUUCGAGCUGCUCAAGUGCGGCUAUCGAAACUUUGAUGCCAAGAACCAGGAUGGCCAGACGGCGCUGCAUCUGGCGGCGCUAUACUCGGACGAGGACAUCCUGAAGCACCUGCUCAAUGCAAAAGUCCAGGUCAACAGCUCGGACUCCUUCGGCUGUCAGCCCCUGCACUACGCAGCCCGCUCGAAACCAGCCAGCUUUAUAAGAACCCUUAUCGCCGCACAGGCCAAUGUUCAGGGGAGGAAUAUAGAGAACGGCUAUGUGCCAUUGCACGAAGCAGCCAAGCACGGUAACCUGGAGGCUGUGCAGGAACUCCUACUAGCCGAAGCUCCGCCGUUACCGAGAACUAGCUCGGGAGAAUUUCCCUUCGAUCUGGCCAAGGAGGCGGGCCAAACGUCUGUAGAGGAGUUCCUAAUGAACUAUAAGCUUCCGCAGGCAAGUACCGCCAGAGAGCAGUGGUAUCACGGCACACUGACCCGAGACGAGGCCGUUGCCAUACUCAAGAAACAUGUCAAGGAGCUGCUAGUGAGCCAACCCGAAUUGGACACCUCUGGAUGCUUUCUGGUUCGCUACUCAGAAUCGCCGGCGGCUUCUGGCUUGGUUCUAACCCUGCUCAGCAGCGACCAAAUGGUCAAGAACUUUCGUAUCUCGCAGGCAGAUCUCUACCAGAACGGCGUCAAGUUGCAGUCCGGAGGGUCCAAGUUUCUGUAUAUAGAUGAUGGUCCCUAUUGGCCCAGUCUAGAGCAUUUGAUAUCGCACUUCAUGCGGUUCUCCUAUGGAUUGCCCGUUAGCCUUAAGUUCCCUGUUCCACCGCAGCCAAAGCCGGAGUUGCCCUCGUUUGCAACAAUACCACGAUCCUCUGUGAAGCCGAGAACCACUCCGCCAGCUACGCCACCCACUCCUGUGUCUCCGCACUCCCAUUCCCCCCAUCAUGGCCAUCCGCAUGUCCCCGCCUUGACCAUAGCGAAAAAGAAGCAGAAGGAGAACAGCAGCUCCAUGUUCAACACCCUGCGCCUGACCAGUCCCAAGAAGGCGCUCUUCGACAUGAACAGCCUACGCAAGAGCAAGUCCAAGGGCAAGCGUAGCGAGUCCGAGAGCAGUGUGAGUGGAUCGCUGGCCAGGACGGAGCAGGAACUGCAGGCAGCCGCUCCCAUGCUAAAAAGCUUAUCAUUUUCGACGGAGUUCUCCACUUUCAAUGUUGAUGGCGGCAUCGUGGUGGCCCCGGCCAGCGGGGAGUUAUACAACGUUCCCAGGAACAAUACACCCAUCGAUAUGGACCUGCCGCCGCCCAUUGCCCAAAAGACUGAAGCCGAAGUUGAGUAUUUCACCAAGAGUGACGUCGCCAUUGAGCGUGAGCGUGCUGUCCAGAGUGGCUUCAAUGGAUAUCAGCCCACAGUCGACGUGCUCUCGGUGUGGGAUCAGCAAAUGAUCAAGCCCCCAGCUGCAGCGCGUCUCAACUCGCUCAUUUCAACAGGCUCCACGGAGAGUGAGAUGGCCAGCUAUCUGCAGCGGAAGUGUAGUGGAACCCCAACAACGCCCACCUCCAGUGCCUUGGAGGCGGCCAAGCUGAGGUUCUUUAUAGAACCAGAGAAUUUGGUAUUGGAGAGCGAAAUUGGUCACGGCGAGUUUGGUUCCGUGCACAGCGGUUGGCUAGUGAGGAAGGGCGCUUCUGGUGAGGAAACAACACGUGUGGAGGUGGCCAUAAAGAUGCUCAGCGAUGAGCACAGCAACAAACAGGAGUUCCUGCGCGAAGCCUCCGUGAUGAUGCGGCUGGAGCACAAAUGCAUUGUGCGUCUAAUCGGCAUCUCCAAGGGAGAGAUGCUGAUGAUGGUUCAAGAGCUGGCUCCGCUGGGUUCCAUGCUGCAGUAUAUCCUGGAUCACGGUGGCGAGAUUACCGCCAAUUCGGAACUAAAGGUCUGGGCAUCCCAGGUCGCUUGUGGCAUGCACUAUUUGGAAUCUCAGCAUUUUGUGCACCGAGAUCUUGCCGCCAGGAACAUACUGCUUACCGCCCGGCAGCAGGCCAAGAUCAGUGACUUUGGAAUGUCGCGAUCGUUGAGGCCCGGCAGCACCGAGUACCAAUUCACCCAAGGCGGCCGCUGGCCCAUCCGCUGGUAUGCCCCGGAGAGCUUCAACCUGGGCAUCUUUUCGCAUGCCAGCGAUGUGUGGUCGUUUGGCGUGACCAUUUGGGAAAUGUUUGCGCUGGGAGCUCCGCCCUAUGGCGAUAUAUCCAAUGUGGAUGCCAUCAAGCUUGUGGACAGUGGAGAACGAUUGCCGCAGCCCAGCCUCUGCCCAGCGUACAUAUAUGCAGUGAUGCAGAGCUGCUGGAAGGAACGGCCGAAAGACCGGCCCACCUUUGCCUAUCUCAUGGAGUUCUUUGCCCGCGAUCCAGACUACCAGAACCUGCCGGAACUGGUGCAAACGGUUCACAUUUAGGCUGAAAGGCCGCUUACCUUGUCCCUUGUCCGUUUCCCGAGUGCAAUUGUCAUUUUUAGGAUGCUUCUAUUUUAUUCCGAUUUGUGUCGUAUUAAAGGGACUCGCAGAUCACACUUGUUAUCUAUCCCCCGUGUCCUAGUAUUCAGCGAGUCCCUCCAUUCAUAUUUAUAGUCUGUAAUCUAUUUAUAUAUAUAACUAUUUGUGUCAAAGGAUAGCGAACAAGUGUGCCUUAAAUCGAUUUAACUUUGUAUUCAUGUUUACAAAUACGUUUUGUUUUUAUUAUUGGUUAAUCGAAAUAAAAAUCGAACUCUUUUUAAA